AUGGGCAACGACAACCCAACCAACGCCUCUAAUGUGAGGUCAGAUCGCGUGGUCACAAAUUCCCAGGGAAACCCGAUAAACGAGCCCUUUGCCACACAGCGCGUAGGCCAAUAUGGACCGCUUCUGCUCCAGGACUUCACUCUCCUUGACUCCCUCGCCCACUUCAACCGUGAGCGUAUUCCUGAGCGUAACCCGCAUGCGCAUGGUUCAGGGGCUUUCGGUUACUUUGAAGUUACCGACGACAUCACGGAUGUGUGCGGCUCAGCCAUGUUCAAUGAAAUUGGAAAGAAGACCAGAUGCAUGGUCCGUUUCUCGACUGUUGGUGGUGAGAAGGGCUCUGCUGACACUGCCAGAGACCCUCGUGGAUUUGCUACCAAGUUUUAUACCGAAGAGGGUAAUUUGGAUUGGGUGUACAAUAACACGCCGGUAUUCUUUAUCAGGGACCCUGCCAAAUUCCCCCACUUCAUUCAUACCCAAAAACGUAAUCCAGAGACGAAUCUCAAGGAUGCGAACAUGUUUUGGGACUUCCUAACCACCCCUGAGAACCAGGUUGCCAUUCAUCAAGUUAUGAUUCUCUUCAGCGACCGGGGUACUCCGGCCACCUAUAGAAACAUGAACGGAUACUCCGGGCACACCUACAAGUGGUCUAACAAGAAAGGCGAGUGGUUCUACGUCCAGGUCCACAUCAAGACAGAUCAAGGCAUCAAGAACCUGAAUAAUGAAGAGGCUGUCAAGAUUGCUGGCGAAAACCCUGACUACUGCGGCCAAGACCUAUUCAAAAAUAUUAAGGAAGGCAACUUCCCAACUUGGACUGUUUAUAUUCAAACUAUGACGGAAGCAGAGGCCCAAAAGCUGCCUUUUUCAGUUUUCGACCUGACAAAGGUGUGGUCUCAUAAGCAAUUCCCUCUGCGCCGUAUUGGCAAAAUGGUACUCAACGAAAAUCCAAAGAACUAUUUUGCUCAAGUCGAACAGGUUGCAUUCUCCCCAAGCCACACAGUUCCCUACCAGGAAGCAAGCGCUGACCCUGUGUUGCAGUCCCGGUUGUUCGCUUACCCUGAUGCUCAUAGACACAGGUUGGGCGCAAACUAUCAUCAGAUUCCUGUCAACUGCCCAUAUGCUUCACGGGUUUUCAACCCAUCUAUUAGAGAUGGUCCAAUGAAUGUGGACGGAAACUUGGGUUCUGAGCCCAAUUAUUUAUCAACGGCGAAAAGUUACAACUACACACAGGCGUCUAAACCCAUUCAACAGCAUCAAGAGGUGUGGAACGGCCCAGCUUUGCCAUUCCACUGGGCCACUUCUCCGGGUGAUGCUGACUUUGUUCAGGCCAGAGGUCUAUACAAUGUUUUGGCUCGCACUCCUGGCCAACAGCAAGCACUGGCUCACAAUGUUGCUGUUCACGUGGCCAACGCCUGCCCAGAAAUCCAAGAGCGAGUGUUUGCUAUGUUCUCGCGUGUUGACAAGACGCUAGGCCAAAGCAUCAAGAGAGAGGCGUUAUCUAUAUCGCCCCGCAGCAGUAGCCAGCAAGCCAAAUUGUAG